AUGUCCCUUCCACCACUCACCGCACCCCCACCUUCCUCCUCUCUUAACCCUAACAGCACCUUCAUUACCCGCACCGCCUCAACCCUUUACCUCGGUUCUUCACCCUAUGUUGUCGCGGGACCGAACAUCUACUGGCUAGGGAUAGACGAGAAUGACCCUCCAGGAUCGGUAACCUAUCCUUCCCGACAGCGCGUACUUGAGGUACUCGCAACAGCAUAUGCGAUGGGUGCGAACACCGUGAGGAGCACGACGCUGGGAGUGAGCGUGGGGUGUGACCUGUGUGUUUGGCCCAGGCUGGGGGUGAUCAAUGGUCAAGCAUUGCAAGUGGUCGAUUUUGCAGUAUGGGCAGCGAGGCUCUAUGGGCUCAGACUCGUCAUCCCCUUGGUAGAUAACUACGAGUACUACCAUGGCGGCAUUUACUCCUUCCUCCAGUUUCACAACCUCUCAACAGACGACUAUUCCCCGUUUUACGAUACCUCCUCAGCUGUGUACGACAGCUUCCUCGCCUACAUCACCACCAUCCUCAACCACACAAAUCCAUAUACGGGGCUCCGCCUCUCGCAAGACCCCACCAUCCUCGCCUGGGAAUCGGGGAACGAAUUGGGUGGGUGGGGCGGUUCCGGUGCACCUGCGAGUUGGACAGCCGCCCUAGCACAGUUUGUGAAAUCGGACUUGGGCGCGAAGCAGUUGUUCAUCGAUGGGAGUUACGGGAUCGUCAGAGACGCGCUGGGGAUCGGCCAGGUUGAUAUUGUGUCAAACCAUCACUACCCGCCAUAUACCUCCAAGCUCUUCUCCGACGCACGUACCGCGCUCGCGGCUGAUAAAGCCUACCUAGCCGGUGAAUUCGAUUGGGUCUCACACGGCUCCUCUCCCCGGAUGUGGGCGCUCGUUGCCGGCCCCGCUCUCCUCGCACUGCUCGUGUUCGCCCUUCCCGGAAGGUGGUUUCCUUGGCCAAUCCGAUAUGGUUGUUUGUAUAGGGAGAAGCGAAAACGCGCGGGGAGCGCGGAAGGUGUAGGGGUGGGAGCAGGAGGGGCGAGGCAGAUGGAGAUGGCCGACCAGCCAGAGACAGAUGCUGAAGAUUCUCCCCCUCCGCUCCGCUCCUCUCCUCCCCCCUCCUCUCGCCCCGCAUAUCCCGAGCUCUCUCCGAGAAACAAGAUGUCCCGCCCGUCAUACAAACGCCAGGAUACAGAACGAGCCGAGCGCUGGCGGCUGUUCGAAGACGGUGCGGAGGGGAAGAUGCCUUUUCUCGAGAGGAUCGGGACGGGCACUGGGAUGCCUUUUUCUCCACCACCUGCACCUCCGUCAUCCGCCGCCCCGCCGGUGGGGAGCCCUCCCGGAAGCCCACAGGGACGUGCCAGCCGCCUCUCGCAACACACGCCCCGAUCUCCUUCCCAAUCCGGAACCCACUCCCACUCGCACCACAUCCCUCCAACCACUCCAAAACGGCCCCUAUACACGCCGACAGCAUCGUACCGCUCCUCGCACGCACGCACACCAUCUCCCCUACCCAGCCUAUUGAUGUCCCUCAAGCCUCUGCCCGCAGAACGAGAGCCACAUACCUUCCUCUUCCGAAAAUGGCAUUUCGCUCUCGUCAUCUUCCUGCUCCUAACUCCGGCCGUUGCGCUGCUCCUCCAUUUCCUACUGCCAAGCACGAUAAGCAGCUUCACCUCUGCUCUUGCCUCCACACCUGGUGUCUCAGGUGGUCUCUACUGGUCCCUGUUUGGGCACACAGACACCUGUACCUCAUACGUCUACCAUGGGGAUGGGUACUGGCUUGUCUACCCCGGGCAAGGGGGGUUCAUGAGCUACCGCGUGGGGCAGCUCGUGGUUUGGGAACGCGGAGUAAGCGGGUACGGUCUCCAAGCAUGGGGAGAUGCUGGAGAACCGACGGUAGCGUGUAAGCAGGCAGUGAACUUAUCGUUAUUGCCUAAUGUGAGCAUGGGUGCUGGGUAG